GUUUCGUGUUUAUCACUUUGUACAGUUCGCUGAGAUGACGGUUAACUUGUCAAAAUGUUAAAUAAGAUUUUUUAAAUAGUACUUUCUAGCAAAUAUAAUACGUAUAUAAGUUAAGAUUAUUUAUUAUAAAUUAUUGUGCUAGUGUGUAUUCGUGUUUAACUUGUAAGUGUUUGUGCUACCAUAAUUUCGGAAAUGGCACUCCCGCUUAGGAAAACAUUUUCAAGGUUGCGGCUAAAUUUUGGUGGAAUAUGCCUAAUUUUGUAUUUCAUAGGACAGGUCAAAUGUCUGGAAAACAACAAUUCAAAAGAACAAGGCCAUUGCAUCUGGUAUGGGGAAUGUAACAAAAAUGAGCUGGGACUCUCUCAAAAUUGUGUGUACAAUGGUACCGCAAAGCCCCUUAACGAUGCUCAGGCUAAGGUCCUGAUAGAAAAGUGGUGUCCAGAAUUAGUAGGGCAGAAUACAUGUUGCGACGCAGCUCAAUUGACAACCCUCGAUAGAAACAUCCAAAUUGCUGCCAACUUUCUUAAACGAUGUCCAUCGUGCAUGUACAACUUCGUUAAACACAUUUGUUCCUUAACAUGUUCUCCUGAUCAAUCAACUUUCAUGGAAGCGAAGCAAAUAUUACCGUCAGAAACCAAUAAUUCGCUUUACAUAAAUUCCGUGGAUGUAUACCUUUCGAAUCACUACAUGGAUGGCAUGUAUGACUCGUGUAAGCAAGUUAGCGUGCCAAGUACGGGUCAGUUGGCCAUGGACAUAAUGUGCGGUGGCUGGGGUGCAUCCAAAUGUUCAGCUAGCCGACUUUUCCAAUUUAUGGGUAGCACCAACCUCAACCCUUACGCUCCCUUCCAAAUUACAUACAUCAAUUCAUCUGAACCCGUUGGAAAAUACGUGCCCAAGGAUUUCGACAUAGUACCUUGCAGUAAAGGCAUUAGCAAAGACGCUCCUGCUUGCAGUUGUGUUGAUUGCGAGCAGAGCUGCUCUGCAGUGCCUCAACCUGCUACUGAACAACCUUUCUUAAUUUUUGGAUUGGACGGUUAUGCCGUCAUUUUGUCAAUUAUUUUCGUUGUAGGUUCAUUUCUAUUCCUAAGUUGUCUUUUCCUCUGUUCGAAAACGUCGAUGGCGGGGCUCAUGCAUGGGCGCGCAGAAGACAUUGGGCGUCGAUUGGCGCCGGAUAACAGGCACUCUUCCCGAACCGCCCUUCCAGACAGCGAAGAGAGUCCCUUGCAAUCCAAACGGUCGAGCGUUACUUCAGAAGGUGAUCACGAGAUGGACACCCACUCAAUCAACAAGAUGCCUGGCGAAUACGACACGCCCUCGUCAUUUAUAGAACGUUUGGGUGCAAAUACGGACUCGUAUUUGCAACGUGCAUUCGAAUCUUGGGGCACAAAAUGCGCUACGCACCCUUGGAGGGUGUUACUUUUCGGCGCGUGUGUGAUCAUCGGUUUGGGUCACGGUAUCAAGUAUUUACACGUCACUACUGACCCGGUUGAACUCUGGGCGGCACCCGAUUCUCGUAGUCGUAUUGAAAAAGAAUACUACGAUAAACAUUUCGAACCUUUCUACCGUAACGAACAAGUAAUUAUCACUGCAAUUGGUUUGCCACCAAUUGUCCAUGAAACUGCCAAUGGAAACGUGACGUUUGGUCCUGUAUUUGAUGAAAAUUUUCUUAAAACUGUUUUGGAAUUACAAGAGAAGAUAAAACUGAUCGGUCAGGGCACAGAGUUUUCUUACGACAAGAUAUGUUACGCACCGUUAAGAAGUGCUACACCGAAAAAUACGAAAGUAUCAGAAUGUGUCGUUCAAAGCAUAUGGGGCUAUUACCAAGAUGAUGUGGACACGUUUGAACAAACAGACACCGAUCCUCAGAACUUCACUCUCAAUUAUUUGGAUCAUUUUUUGGCUUGUUCCCAGAACGCGUAUAAUCCAAUUUGUCUGGCCCCAUAUGGGGGUCCUGUUGAUCCGGCUAUAGCUGUCGGUGGUUUCUUGAAAAAGGGUGAAGCUUUAACUAAAACUUCCCAUUAUGAAAACGCCACUGCUAUAAUUCUCACCUUCCUUGUGAACAAUCACCAUAACAAGACGAAACUCAAACCAGCUAUGGAAUGGGAGAAGAAAUACGUCGAAUUUAUGAAAGAGUGGAUAGAAAAAGAAAAGCCUGAAUGGAUGGAUAUAGCUUUCACAUCUGAACGUUCUAUAGAAGAUGAAUUGGACCGCGAGAGUCAGUCGGAUGUCUACACUAUCCUUGUAUCAUACGUCAUCAUGUUUGCCUAUAUCGCCGUCUCGUUAGGACAAGUUCGUACUUGUAAUCGGUUACUAAUUGAUAGUAAAGUAACCUUGGGACUUGGUGGCGUCUUCAUAGUUCUUGCUUCUGUAAUAUCGUCUGUGGGAUUGUUUGGAUUUGUCGGUAUUCCUGCCACCCUCAUUAUUAUCGAAGUCAUACCUUUCUUGGUCCUGGCUGUUGGAGUAGACAACAUUUUUAUUUUGGUCCAAACACAUCAACGUGAAGCUAGAAAAAUGAACGAAACCAUCCCCGAACAUAUCGGUCGUGUUUUGGGACAAGUAGGGCCUUCGAUUUUGCUUACCAGCGUUUCGGAGAGCUGUUGUUUCUUCCUAGGCGGUUUAUCUGACAUGCCAGCGGUCCGUGCCUUUGCUUUAUAUGCGGGCAUGGCUUUGUUUAUCGACUUCCUUCUCCAAAUAACAUGUUUCGUUAGUCUUCUUGCAUUGGAUACUAUUCGCCAAAGUCAAAACCGUUUCGAUAUUUUCUUCUUUUUACGCGGAUCGAAAAAGGACUCGAUAGGGAAUGAAAUUGCUGCAGACGGACUUUUAUUUAGUUUCUUUAAAUCAAUAUACGUACCCAUAUUGAUGAACCGGUUUGUGCGUGCUAUGGUGAUGAUCGUAUUCUUUGGGUGGUUGUGCUCAUCUAUAGCAGUAUUGCCUCAUGUAGAAAUUGGCUUAGAUCAAGAAUUAUCGAUGCCUGAGGACAGUUUUGUGUUGAAAUAUUUUAAAUUUCUGAAAGACUACUUAAGUAUAGGGCCGCCAAUGUACUUCGUGGUUAAGAAUGGAUUAAAUUAUAGUAAUGGAAAGACACAGAAUCUUAUUUGUAGCGGUCAAUUUUGCAAUCCUGAUUCUCUUACGAUGCAAGUUUACGUUGCAUCUAAAAUGGCAAACAGUUCUUACAUCGCAAGACCGAGUUCCAGUUGGAUUGACGACUAUUUUGACUGGUCGAGUAUAAAGUCCUGCUGCAAAUACAAUACCACAGAUGGAGGAUUUUGUCCUCAUAACGCAGGGGGAGUAUGUAAACCGUGUAAUAUCGAAAUAGGCCCGCCUUAUAAUCGACCAAAUUCCACGGGUUUCGACCAUUAUAUAUCCUUCUUUCUUCGUGAUAAUCCCGACGAAUCAUGUGCAAAAGCAGGUCAUGCAGCUUACGGACAGGGCGUGAACUAUUGGAUCAAUCAAUCGACGCAGUCUUCAACGGUCGGUGCGUCUUAUUUCAUGACCUACCAUACCAUCUUGAAAACAUCGAAAGACUACUAUGAAAGUAUGCGCGCUGCUCGAAAAAUUUCCCAGAAUAUAACAGACACCAUUAACCGACGGAUUAAAUCUGAUAAUAUCAGCGCCAAUGGCACAAUAGAAGUCUUCCCCUACUCAGUCUUCUACGUAUUUUAUGAACAGUACUUGACGAUGUGGGCGGACACGUUAUACAGUGUAGGCAUUAGUUUAGCCGCAAUAUUUGUGGUUACGUUCCUCCUCAUGGGCUUUGACAUAUUCUCUUCACUGGUUGUUGUCAUAACCAUUACAAUGAUCGUAGUUAAUCUCGGUGGUUUCAUGUAUUGGUGGCAUAUUACGUUGAAUGCAGUUUCCUUGGUAAACUUGGUCAUGGCUGUCGGUAUAGCGGUCGAAUUUUGUUCGCAUCUAGUGCACAGCUUCUCGAUGUCCAUGUACCACACGCGCGUCGAGAGAGCGUCCGAUGCGCUUGCGCGAAUGGGCAGUUCUGUGUUUUCGGGCAUCACACUUACUAAAUUCGGAGGAAUCAUUGUAUUGGGAUUCGCCAAGUCUCAGAUCUUUCAGGUGUUCUACUUUCGAAUGUACCUGGGAAUCGUAGUUUUGGGUGCAGCCCAUGGACUUAUCUUCCUUCCUGUGCUUCUGAGUUAUAUAGGUUCCCCAAUGAAUAAAGAGAAAUUGGCCAAGCAUAAUCGGAAUUUAAACGAGGCGCAUAUCCAGGAAACGUCUCUGAACAAAGCGUGAUACGACACACAAAAAGAUUAAAUUAUAUGGUUGAAACAGCACAUCCAGCAGUCACAACACCUCUUUUGUCACCAUCGACCUCAAGAAUAGAUCAUUAUGAUAGCAUUAGUAUUGCAGAACAGUGACAUUAUUUCGUUUUAAUAUUUUGUCGUACAUACUUCGCUCUUUCUAACAUAACAGUCAUUUUUUGUGAUAAUUCUAAUCGUAAUAUUAACCAGGUGAAAGACACUAUUUGUUGUCUAGAGCAGUUCUAAAAAUUACAAAUAGAAAUAUCAGAGCAGUAUUUUUAUAAAAAAGAAAUAGAAUUUUCUAUAUUUAAAAGAGGCUCCACGUUUUCAUCGUUUUCUUAAGAUUUUAUAUACUUACUUACAAUUAUUAAAAUGGUUUAUUCAGCCUAAUUUUGAGGUUUUUUAUAAUGUUCGUCUGUAUGCAACAAAAGUGCCUAUAUAAUAGAUUUAAUAUCAAAAAAAAAAAACAUUUAUUGAAAGUGUUUUUUUUCGAUAAAGAAAUUUAAAGGGCAUAUUUAUUUUUAUUUCUCAUUUAAAUUCAAAUAUUUGCACUUUUAUCUGAGGAAACCUAAACUGAAAAUUACUUACAAAUUGCCAGAAAAACUUAAAACACUUGCUACAAAUUUUUCCAAAUUUGAUAUUAUAAUUUGAAAAUAUCAAAAUAGUAUUACUUCUCAAUUCUUAAGUGUUUAUGUUUAUCAUAAUUGCACACAAUUCUGUUUUUAUUUUAUUUUGAUUUAAUAGGAAUUAAAAAACAAAUUAUAAGAAAAAUCGAUUAGUUUUGUAUUAACACAUUUCAAUAAUAUUAAAACAGAAAGUUUAAUAAGAAAUUUUACUAUUGUUUAGUCAUGUGAUGGCUUUAUCAAGAGUGCAAAUACUAUACUGUAAUAUAGUAUUUUUUCUUCUUUCCUUUAUUAUUUUUACUUCAUAAAUUUAUGUCAUAACUGUGGUUAUUACUUUCUUGAUGGUUGAUGCAAUUUGCACACCUUUAAAUCUAUUUUGCCAAAAGUCAAUAAAUAGUAGUUUUAAAUAGUAGUAAUAGUGACUCAAAAAUUAAUCUUGCUGUGGUUUAUAGUAUUUUUGUUAAUUUUCAUAACGUAUGAAAACAGAAUUGAGUGUGGUUAGAUUCACAAUUACUUCAUUAAUAAUUUUUGAUUAUUUUCAAAUAAAUUAUAUUUAAACUGUGCCUUUUCACAGUAAAAUGGUAAAAAGUUAACUUGACAUAUUUAGUUCCUUUCUAGUACUUUUUCACAGGCAGGGUCCAAUCGAAUCACUAUUCAUUGUAUUUAAUAUAAACUGUAUUUUCAUAUAUUAAUGUGUGACACUUUUGGGUUCAAAUCUAUCCAAGUUAAUUUUUACAAACUUACAUAAUUGCAAGGCUUCAUUAAAAUUGUCUUGACUUGACUUUGGGAUCUACAAUAGAAGCUACAAAAGAUUCAACAUUAUUCUGAACUUGAUUGCUAAUUGAACGUUGUUUUACACAUCUUGCAAUUAUUAGAGUACUUUCGAUUAAAUUAUUGUCUACUAAAAGUAAAUACUUGGUUCUCAGUUGAUAAAAGUCCCUGUUUUUUAUGUAGGUACGUGUUAUAUCAAAUUAAAGAACAUCCAUCACAUCGUUUGUUCUAGCAAGGAUAUAUAAACGUAAAAUACAUAUCCUUCUCCUAAAAUAGAUUUUUAUGAUACCUUGGUGAAUUGAUAAACAAAUAAUUGGAUAAAUUUUCAAAUCAGGUCGUACUUACAAGCUAGAAAUUCUGGCACUUACAAGACUGCAUUUAUAAAUAUGAAAAUUUCGUCCAAAGAUUAUUUCCGAACGUGUGUUUGCGAAAAACUAGCUUAAUGUGUGUUUCCUGUCGUUGCUUAAGCUUAGAAAAUUUUAAAGUGAGGUUAUAGGUAUUUAAAAGGAUUAAUAGAUGGUGUUAUUAAUACAUACGCGGUAAUAAAGUACGUUUCUCUAAAAAACUCAUUUCUUAAGUAUUAACAGUACUCAAAGUUGGGCAUUUUAUACAUUCCCCUUUGAAUAAUUCGUU